AACUGGGAGGACGAGUUUCUACAGUGGAACAGCAGCGACUACGGUGGAGUGGAAGAGGUGACCGUCACGCAAGGAACUGUCUGGCUGCCUGAUCUUCUCCUGGAGAACACGUUCUUUUUCCGUUUCCCCACAGGGCUCAGAACUUUGCUGAAAUCGGCGGUGACUCAAUCCUGGUGCACAUCAGACACACCGGCCACAUCACCAUGGGAGCCUGGCAUAUUCACCAAGACGAUCUGUGAAGUGAACAUAGGAAAGUACCCGUUUGACUACCAAAGGUGUGAGAUCAAGUUCCUCACCUGGAUGCACACCAACAAGACUCUGGAUGUCCAGCCAGAUACAGACUUCAUCAACCUGAACGCCACCAUUGACAACGGGGAAUGGGAUAUCAUAUCAGCCGUGGCUAGACCAUAUUACUACCCGUCAACAUACAGCAUUGGCACAGCCCACACUGGUGUUCGGUUUAUCGUGGAACUGAUGAGGAAGCGGACUUUCUACGUACUCAACACCAUCAUCCCGGUGAUGAUGUUGUCACUGCUGAACGUGCUGGUGUUUCUGCUGCCCGCCAGCUCUGGGGAGAAGAUGGCGCUGGCUGUUACCGUUCUCUUGUCGUUCACCGUCUACCUCAGCAUCAUCAGCGAGGUGAUGCCUAAAACUUCUGAGAGCAUCUCCAUUCUUGCGGUGUACCUAACAACAUUGCUGUCACUCAGCACUCUCUCAGUCCUGUCAUCUGGAGUCGUCAUGAACCUCUUCCACCAUGAAACCGACAAGCCUGUACCAAACUUCCUGAAGUGCCUUCUACACUACAAACUUCAAGAAAUCAGGCGCCAGGUUCGCAGUCGAAACAUUCUCAAACCUUGUCCUUGCAGCCAGGAGAAUCGUCAUGGGUAUGAAAGCUCACGAUCACCUCAGAACGAAACGUUCUCAGAAAAUGGACACCAUUAUUCCAACAGCACUUUCAGCAGAAGCAACAAAUACUCCAAUUACGAUUACACAUUCAUUGAGCCCAAAAUGGAAAGAGAUCGCUCUCAUAGACAAGGGCAACAUGUCAAAACUAUGACGUCUAGAUCAAACAUGACACGCAAGUAUCAUGAGCUGUCUAGGGUCAAGUCGAUGUUUCUGAAGCUUAGCCCAGAGUUCGUCGACGCAAAUGCCGAAGAAUGGGAGCUAGUCACGUGGAAGGAUGUGGGAAGUGCCGUAGAUACAGUUCUCUUCUGGGUGUUUCUGGGAUUCACUCUAGCUUCAACGAUGAUAGCUCUUAUUAUGUUUUCUGCUCAUUGA